UAUUCCACAAAGGCAUCAGGUUGGUGAUCAAAGCCACAUUUACUAGGCCCCUGCUGACUUUCAGGUCCUGUGUGUGGUAGCUACAUAAGGGUGAGCAAGACCAGAACCCAUCCCCAAACAGCCUCCAGUCUGGCAGAGGCACUGAGGUACUAGAGAAGAAUUCCUGUCUCUAAAGCAUCCCCUAAGGCCCUGCUUGACGCCAGGCUGAUAGGAAGGGCGGAGGACAGAACUGAAACAGAAGUGGCCCUUUACCUUGAAAACCUUACAGACUGUUGAAGAGCGACUAAAAACCACAGGCCAGAACCACCCAAAGCAGAGAGAGAAAUCCACCCCCUACCCCCCGAGAAAAAAAGCAUGAGCCAGGGGUGGGAAGAACAAGGGACCUGCUCCGUUCUGGAACAGUGAGCAGACACUGUGGACACACAUUGCUUUGGGCUCAAAUCAUGACUCUGGCCUGGUUUUUACCUCUCUUAUAGGUUCGUUGUGAGCGCUAAGUGAAUUUCAUAUAAAUUAUUCCAAGCUUGUGCAUGUUUAGAGAGUAAGCGCUGUGAACGCCAGCCCGUCUUAUUCAAAUAUAGGGAUGGGGAGGGUCGCUUUUACUUAAAAAAAAUAAUAAAAGUAAAAGCCCUCUAAAGAGAGCUUUCCGAGGAAGACGCGAACAAACCUGCCGCCACCGACCUAAUUUUUAGAGAAGAGAGCCGAGCGGAGCGCCGGGAAACAGGUGGCGAAUGGGCCGCGCGCGCCCGCUACCUGGUCUUGCCAAAGGCGUGACCGUAAAGGGGCCCGGCCCUGUCGUGAAAGGGCCGCAAACAGGCGGAGGGCGAGUUGACGGCUGCGUCUCCAUUUUGUUGGUCGCUGCGCUGUGUCCAUCCACGGUGAUUCUUCCGAUAGAGUUCCGAAGCGAAAGGCUUACAAUUAAAAGGAAGAAAAAAUUUAAAGAUAAUUCGGGAGUACUAUGGACAAAGCGUGUGGAUCGCCUAGACUCCAGCAGUAACUCCUGAUCUGCAGUCCCCAGGGGGGUCCAGUAAGGAUAACGUCACUACUGCGGUCUUAAAGAAGCGGCAGGAGGAGAUGCGGCCCCUGGACAUCGACGAGGUGGAAGCGCCAGAGGAGGUGGAGGUGCUGGAGCCCGAGGAGGAUUUCGAGCAGUUCCUGCUCCCGGUCAUCAACGAGAUGCGCGAGGACAUCGCGUCUCUUAUACGCGAGCACGGGCGGGCGUACCUGCGGACCAGGAGCAAGCUGUGGGAGAUGGACAAUAUGCUCAUCCAGAUCAAGACGCAGGUGGAGGCCUCGGAGGAGAGCGCCCUCAACCAGGCGCAGCACCCGAGUGGCGAAGCCGACGAGAGAGUGUCGGAGUUGUGCGAGAAGGCCGAGGAGAAGGCCAAGGAGAUCGCGAAGAUGGCAGAGAUGCUGGUCGAGCUCGUCUGGCGAAUAGAGAGAAGUGAGUCUUCUUGAAGGAGGACAUCGGUGGUAAGGUCUGAACCUGGCGGGAGCUCGGAUGGAACUCAGUAGUCGCCCUAAGCAUGGUGUGAAACCGCGCCCUGUCAAAAGUUAUAUCCUAGGCCUGCACUCCCCGCCCCCCCCCAUUUUUAUUGCAUCAAAAAUUGAGCAUUGGGAACGAAGUUGGGGUCAAGAGGAAAGAAUGCGUGCUGGUUUUGUUAGGUGUUAGUGUACCGUUUUUGUAUGGCCUCUCCCUCCCACACUGAUAGAGGAAAAUAAAAGUAACUUGGGGUUUGUGAAACAUGAAAGUCAAUUCUAAUAGGGCGGUCCCCAGAAGUAGACCUGACUAGGCACCAAGGGAGUUUGGGGAAAGCCAAAGAAAACCUAGGCCGUAGAGCAAAAUGGAACGCAGGGCGAGAACGCAGGCAAAGAGAAAGAGUAAAGCCAGAGGACAUUACCUGAAAUUUCCAGAUUGUUCUAUGAGGCAGGUAUGUCAGAAGACCCUGUCUCAAAGCAGUGGCAUUCUUCUGGUUGGUUAACAUUUAUUUUUAACAUCAGGAUAUGGAACUUUUCAUGGUCAAUUUCUCCCAAUUGUGCUUUAGGUUCACAGCUGAGGACUAUAGUCAGCUGGUAAGGAUGAACUGACACAUUGAGGAAACCGAAACCGCUUGUCAUCUCUGUUUUGUUUUUGUAUGUUUUUUACCCCCAUGUAACAGUCUCCCUUAUGGUCAGUGAUUGAUAAGCUCGGUAUGGGUUUACAUCUUCAAAUGUAUUUGGUUCUGGAAGGAUAACUUUUGUGGGAGAAAUACUGUUGUAAGAGAAACGGGGCUUCAUCAAAAGUUGUUUUCGCCGUUACUUUUAUUCUUGUUACUUGCUUUUGAAAUGUUGGGCAUGACCUUGUAUUUUGCUGUUACCUUUGUGACCUGAUUGUUUUUUGGAACACAUCAAGACCUGGGAUCAGAAUCUUCCGACUUUAGAGGGGCCUGCCUUGCACUACUUGGUUGAGCCUCGUGAAGAAUGUAUUAAUGAGGCAGCUUUGCAUAAAGCUGGGAAGACCGAGAAGACAGCUGGAGAUGGAAGUGGUUUUGUAUAUAUUUUGGAACUUUCGUUCCUCUGUGAGAUGAAAGAGGAGAGCUAUGUUUUGUGGCACAUUGUCUGAUGUAUCUUGUGUAAUCUGUCAGGUGAGUUGAUUUAGACAGCAUAGCUGACCUUAUGUGACAAGGCAGUGAGUAUGGACUGUUGUAAUACCCUCACACAUCACAGGGGCUUCAGAGAAUGGCACUGAAGAGACAGUCUACAAAGAGCCUUGAGAGACUGGAGAAAGGAAAAGACAUUAUCAGGGCCUGGAAAGUCUCUUCCAGUUCAUCAGGGUAGUAGACCUGUCAGAUUGGAGGUCAAAGUCAAACAUAUAAAAAGUGUUAAUUUGCCUUGAAAAACAAAGACCUCAAAAGCCUUUUUUAAGAAAUAAAUUUUUCGUUCACAUGACCAAAACCCCUCCUGUGUGUGUUAACAAAAGAAUCAUAAAUAAAUUUUUUUGAAAUGGA